AAACUAACCAUUGGUGACAAAUGCGGUAUAUGCCGGAAAGGAGGAGAUGUGAUUUACUGCAAUAAAUGUUUCAGGGCUUUCCACUGGCGCUGCCAUUUUCCUGCCAGCACAGAUGAAAUCAGUGGAAUCCUGAUAUGUAAGUCCUGUUUUGACAACUCUACAGUUAUCAACUUGGAAGGAGACUCACACUCCAAUGCUCAAACACUACGAGCAGUAAAGGUGCUAGAAGAUUCUGCUGGAACUGAACCUGCAUUGAAUAAAGAUGAUUUGGAUUCCCUCUUAGGGGAGAACACGUUUGAUGGGAUUUUGCAUUGGGCAUUCCAGAGCAUGCCUCGUUCAUUAUCAGGCACCCAAGGAUUUUUCUCAUAAUAGUCUAGGUGGGACUAUUUUCCAAUAUCUAUUUCCACUGCUAUUGUUCAGUAACAUUAGAAAUCAUCUCAUUACAGUUCAACACUAUGUUCAAAAUAUGUUUUUUAUGUUUUAUAUAUUUUAAUGUCAUAUUUAUACCAAUAUGAUUGUUUUCUUAAAUGUGGUGAUUUUUAGUUGUCAGAAUGUACUGACAGUGUUUAUUUAGUAACUGUUUACAAUUACAAUGAUGAUGAAUAAGUACCUUCAGACUGAUCUUUGCAUUUACAACCUUCAUGAGUCUGUAAAACAAAAAAAGAAGAAAAGGAAGCUGAAAUAACAUCAUAAGCACAGCUGCAAUUUUAUUUAGUGAUUUAACAAUUGAGUCUUAAUUGUGGUAAUUAAACUAGAACUACCUGCUUAUUGUUCAUUCUGUAACUCAACAGGUCAACAAAUUAAAUUUUCUAUUAAUCUCUUGCAACUGUUGGCAUGAUAGUAGUAUCAUAGUAAAACAUUCAGAAAAUCUGCAGGUGGUGGUAGAGCUCCCAGGCACUUAAUUUGCCUUCUGUGGGAGAAAAGUUGGAGACAGCUCAUGAAUUUCUAAUGUCUGUGAGAGGCACGGACCUGUUCCUGGUAUAAGAGCUCAUCACAUUACUCACUUUAGAUGGGGUUUUUAUCUUGGGACAGCCAAUGUGAUCUAUAAUUUUGGGACAUUAAUAUUAUGUUAUGCCAUGGUCAAAAAACUUGCAUUCUGUGCAAGUUUGUUUAGUGACCUCUAAAUUUUUGAAUGUUUUGUUAUCAUUUUAUCAUGCCAUAACUUGAUAAGUAAGAUCUGGUGCCAUAUCACUCAUGAAAUAAAUAUGCCUAUCUUACUGGUCUGCCCAGGCAUCUAAUGGAAUUCCAGGGUGGUGGCUGAGGUUUCAGUAAUUUCAUCUAGUACUUAGAUGUGCAUUCAGGACUUUGGAACAGAUGGGCUGUAAUGUACCCUAAAAUUGCCAGUUUUUCUAAUACUGCUCCUAUGUCUAAUAUAAGGAAUUAAACAAAUUAAGCUUUUGCUUUCAUCUACGUAUCUCUGUGCUUUAAAAUAAUAACCUCAUACACAAUCAAUUAAUAAAACAUAGAAUGAGUCCGGGAACUUUUAUUUCAUUAUUAUUUAUAUACUUCAUCUUGUUAUAGUUACAAAAUUUUGAAAUGUCAGUACAUUAGUUUUGAUAAUAGAGAGGGAAAUGGGAAGUUUUGAAAUAUGAAAUAUAAAAAAAAUAAUUUUACUCUCCUGGGGAAAAAACACCUAUUGUAUAAUUAAUACAAAAUUUGAGGUGCUUGUGCCAUGAGGUAUAUUUUCAGCAACAGUUGUAUUCUUUAGUUUGAGUUAGUGCAAAUAGUAAUAGUGAACUGACAACUGAUAGUAAAUCUCAACUCUGUAGUCAAAUGGAAAUACAUAAAAGGUUUUGAAGUUCUCUGAAUAUUUUUUCCACUUCUGAAAAGUAGAAUGUAAAAUUAUCAGUUUCAUUCCUUACCUUUGUAAUUUGCACACAAUUUUCUAUGUUUGUAAAAAAUGCUGAAAUCCAGACAAGUUCUCUGUCAUCAAAAUGUAAAAUAAUUUAUUUAUGUACACUGGCAUUUUGUUUUCUAAAAAUUAUAUUGACAGAUUGGAUACAAGGCUGAUUCAGGAAGUUAGUCCGCAAUAAUUAAAUUAUAAGGUUGGAAGAUUAAUAGAACAUUCCCAGUUUAAACUAUGUUUACUGCCAUUAAUAAAUAAUAGAAGCUCUUUGAUAGUAAAAAAAAAAAAAAGCCAGUUAACUAGUCAGUGAAUGUAAAAUAUUCCCCAUUAAACAUAAAUAAAACAUAGAUGUAUAUAACACAUAUAUUUACAUAUAGUGCUUUCCUGUUUCUUUGCAAACUAUUGCAUUCAUUUAAUUGUAAAAGUAGAUACCUGUGAGGGUAUUUUAAGAUUUUCUGCUAAUAACAUACUCUACAGACAAUCUAUACAAUAUUUAUUUCUACUUUCUCUGAUACAGCAAGAAGUAGGGUAGUUCUAGGGUCACUUUGCAGGAAUACCACUUGGCUGAAGAUUGUAAUGGAAUAAAAAAGUAUAAUUAUCAGUUCUUGUAAAUUCAUGAGGGAGUGUCAAAAUUCCGAGUGAUGCAUAUUCUAACAAGAUGGAAACUUCUUCAGAGC